GUACCAACAAGGGCUAAUGUUUCAAACAUUUAAACCAGGAAUAUUGAAUUUUACAAACAUAGUGUGAAGGGAGGCCAUCCAUUGAUUAAUUCCACGAAAAAAUUGAUCUGGUUACAUUCAGAAUGUCUUUCAGUCAAUUCACUGACGACCAGGUUACCAAACUACUUAGGAGGUUCAAGGUGGAGGUUUCCAUGGCAAUUGACAAAAUGUUUCCCUUCCUCCAUAACCUUCGGGACAAGCAGAUAAUUACAAAUGAGAAAUUCAAGGAAAUUGAGGCUUUGGCAGAACAGAAAGAUACCAACGAAGCUAUUUACCUGUUGCUGAGUUGGCUGGAAAAGAGCGAUCCUUCAACUCUUCGCAAGUUUUGGAAUUGCUUGUUUAAGGACUUUAAUCUGCAGAAGUAUCCCAAGCUACUACCGUUACAAGAAGCAUUAAGUAAAGAUGUCACCAAAGACCAGAGAAAAGACACCUCUUUGAACCAUUCUUUAAGGAAGUCUGUAAAGAGAAAUCAUCCUGAUAAAGAACCUACAACCAGCAGAAUGAAAUCAGACCAGAUCAAAGACUCAAUUAUAGAACCAAAGGAUAAAGGCCACGAUGAAGAGAAACAGAAAACAAUUGACCAUAAACCGAGGAAGGAAAGGUUUCAUUCCCAGCCUGCUGACUUAACGUCUAGUGAACUGCCUGUUUCCUGUGGCUCAAAAACUGGAACAUUACACAAGAAGAAACUAGCAAAGGGAAACUCUGUGAAAUGCAUACAGGUUGGCAAAGACUGGUACUCUCCAAAGGAAUUUGAGGAUCUGGGAGGACGGAGUAGAAGUAGAAAUUGGAAAACAAGCAUCCGUUCCAACAAGCUUACGCUGCGAGAGUGGAUGAAGCGGGGAUAUCUGUCGUGCGACAAGUCGAGCAAGAUGUCCCGCAGACCAGAAAUUAAGCGUGGAAAUUUGUCGUGUCAGAUGUUGAGCAAGAUGUCCAGAAGUAAACCCUGCAGACCAGAAAUUAAGGAUGAUGUCAGGCUGACUAAUCAAGCUGCACUGAACCAUGAAGACGUUUCUCCAGAAAAGACCUUCAAAGGAGUGAAGAUUAAGAGUGAUGAAGAGAACAUAUUCUUGUCAAAGAAGCUCCCAGUUUCCUGUGGCUCUAUGAAUGGAAUCCUGCAUAAGUGCAGGUUUAUAUCAGGAAUUCAUGGAAAGUGCAUUCGAACAGAGACCAAGUGGUGCACCCCAGUGGAAUUUGAGGAUCUGAGUGACAGUAAUAAAGAUCUAAAAUACUGGAAGAGAAAUAUUCGAUGUAAAUCAGAAACAUUAGGGAAGCUAAUCCAGAAAGGCUACUUGAAACUUCACAAGCUGCACUGUGAUUGUGAAUGCUGUCACCCUCAAUUUGUUGAUCAGAAUGAAAACAAUGAUGAUGUGUGUACAGUCUGUAAAGACGGAGGGGACCUGAUCUGCUGUGAUGAAUGCCCACGAGCUUUCCACAAGCAAUGCCUUGUUUCCAGAUUCGAACUGAGUGAGAAAUGGGUCUGUACCUUCUGCAAAAUUAGGAACCUGUCAGAAGAUAAAUCAGGCAGUGACAUCUCCAACAAUGGACUCCUUACACAGCCAAUGUGUCCAAAGCAGCUAAUGAAAUGUGAAUUUGUUUUACUGCAACUCUGCUGCAACGAAGAAAGUAGGUGUUUUGAGAAAGAUCCAUGUAAAACUAUUCCUAGUUACAGCAACGUGAUUGACAAACCCAUGUGGCUGCACAAGGUGAAGGAGAAUCUCAUGGCUAAGAAUUACCCGAGCGUUCACAAGUUUGCCACGGAUGUGUAUCUCAUCUUCCAGAAUUGUAUCAAAUUCAACCAGGGAAAUGAAUUUGAAGCAAUUGGAAGAAAGCUUGAUAAUAAAUUUAAGGCGAAUUUAAGGCAAGUCUUUGGUAUUUCGUAAUAUGAGCUUUGAAAGCUCCUCACGGACCAUUGAAUGGUGUCGUAACAAUGCUUCAAUCCUAAAUCUGGGUUGGUUUCUCAAGCAAGACCCCUGGAGAGGGAGAAUUUAUGGAUGAUCAAAAUUGGGAGUUCAAGGAAAUCUACUAUCUAUUAUGUCAUAUCUUUUCUAGCCUGGUAUGUUUGUCCUAUAUGUAUGUAAUAAUACCAAAUUUGAAAUCGGGAUACACUUGGUUGAAACAACUGUUGACCACCCAUGAUCUAUUUUGUAAUGUGUGACGAUGUGAUGUGCAUUAGAAGAAUCUUACAAAAAAUAUCAUGAAAAUGGAUCGACACAUUUAAGUACGGAGAGUACAACCAAUGUUGUGUGAUGUGACUGCUAUUUCGUUAAGUUUCAUAGUAACUCAGGCAGGUAGAUGUAGCACAGCCCUGCAGUUGCUAGAUUUCUCUAUUGUACUGCACCCAACAUAUCAUAAAGUAACAUUCAGAACAUUCCUGCUAUGUAUUGCCAAGCGCUCCAGGACGCUACCAUGUGUUAUUGUUGUAUUCUACGGCCUGAACCAGCAGCAGUAGCAACUCCGCAAGCAGUAUCACUUUGCCCAAAUUGCUGGAUCCUCAAAAUGUGGAGCACUACUGACCAUUGCCAGUGUGUCAUGUACCAGAAAUUGUAUGGUAUUCUAAAGUCAGAAAGAAUUCCAUUUAAUCAACUUGCAAACGGUCUGUGGGCAAAACAGGAAAAUCAGCACAUUAAUUCUCCAUACCCGGGAGAUACACAUGAUACCAUCUCAUGGAGGACAUCAAAUAUCCUACAGGUGUUCUCCUGAGGAGGAGUGGACUACAGCAUUAUUGGAGAGAUGGUAUCCCAGCAGAGGUACAAUCAGGUACAUUGAUUUAGAUUGGCUUUCUGCUUGUCACAGAGGAAGUAGGCAAAAGAAUCUCCUGCAACUUGCACAACACAGCAAGGAAUAGAGACUCUGAUUGAAUGUUUUAUUCAAUACAUUUUGCUUUUACUUCUGAUUUAAUUCCUACUGGCAUAUAUACAGAAUAUCAAUGGGGAAAUCAAUUUCCUCCCUGUUUAAUCUGUUCGGUUAGCAGUAGCUUCUGUUUCUUUUAGCUUUGCUUCAUUCAGCUCCGCUUAAUUUAACGUGACAGAAAGAAUUUGAUAACUCAUAAAAAAAUGCCCAAAAAUAAAAUGUUUGGUGUGGUGUAAAGUACUGUGCACCAACAUUUACCUCUGUGAUCUGAUUCUUUCUGGUUGUGCAGAUGGCCUGCCCAAGGAAGGAUAAACAGUGGAGGAUGUCUGUGGUGUAUGAUGUGGAGAAGCAGGCAGUAUAGAGUCCAGAAAUGAGCUCUAUGAGCUUUCUUCACAGGCCUUUCCUUCUACACACCAGACUUGGCUUAUCAGUUUUUAAUAAGACGGGGGGAUGGGAUUGCUUUCAGUUGUGCAACUAGUUCUCCAACUAAAGGUUUUGUGUAUGAGGGUGGAGGAAGGAGAUGAUUGCCAUUCUUUCUGGUUACAUUGCUCUUGCAAUCAAAACAGCCACUGACAGAAUGCUGAUUUGAUAAUGGAAAUGUCUCUCCUUUCCUGAGGACACAGCUCUUCUGGCUCUGCCAAGCUAGAUUGGCCAAGAUCAUUUUUAGUUCACACAGAGCUCUCACUGUGACAGCGAAGGUAUUUAUUCUGUUCUGUCCUGUUUGGUACUCAGUGUACCAACCAGGAAGUAAAGCUUUGCUCGGAGGGUAAUAUGGAUUACAAGAAAGGGUAAUUGAGGCCAGGACACUGGACUCAUUUAAAACAGCUUGAAUCUGUAAUGGGAGAGUGGUAGGUUUGGUGUCUGAAAGGAUGAAAUCAAAUGGGCCAAAUGGCCUUCUUUAUCGAAACCUCUCUUAUGACCUUGUAAUCCACUGGUGAAAUAUUGUACUGUGUUCUUGCUUUACCAAACCAACAUGGAGAUGGGAUUCUUACAAUUACUGUUAGAUUAUGUCUUGGUGUAAAAGUAUAAUUUGGGAUAAACUGUAUUUUUACUUUAUUUCUCGGUAAAUGUUUACAAGAAGCUCAAACUCCACAAAACAUCUAUUAAAUCACAUAUUAUGAAACAGA